AUGGCCGGUGGAGGCGCCACGAUCUGGGUGCGCGCGCUCGCAGCCUUGUGCUGCACGUUGCUGGUGACUACCGGACGCGCCACAUCGAAAGCAACGACAACAAGAAGGAGCCGCAGCGGCGCUAACGGCCGGGCCCUCGGCAACGGCGGCGAGCUCGGCAGGCUAGGCACCAGCGCACGGAGCACCGCCUGGGCCAACCACAACCACGGAAGCAGAAAGCCGCUGCUGUCAUCACUGCGCGGGGGCGGGGACGUCUCCCCGGAGCUCGGCCCAUACUCCUGGAUCCCCGCGGGGGAGGGCGAUGGCGGGAGCCUGGUCCGCCUGUCUGACACCGGCGAAGUCGUGGCGGGACAGGUGACCCCGACCUCCUCCGAUGGCGCCGGCAAGGUGGCCGUCGCCUCGGUCACCGCUGCCGUCGCCGCCGUCUUCGCCAAGUUUCGGGUGGGGCGCGGGAGCGACCCCGCCGCUGCGUCCGGCGGCGCCGCGCCCGCCGCGGCUAGCCAGAAGGACGCCGAGCCGGGGGUGGCGAGCAUGGUGAAGAAGGGAGUGGCGGCGGCGGCGGCGGCGGCGCCGAAGGAAGCGCCGGCGGCGGCGGCGGGGGCGGGGGUGAACGCGGCGGCCAAGAAGAAUAAGGCGGCGAAGGCGCUUAAGGACAGGAAGACGGCGGCGGCAAGGGCCCUCAAGGAUAAGAAGGCCGCGGCGGAGAGGGUGCUGAAGGAGAAGAAGGCGGCGGCGGACAGGGCGGCGAAGGAGAAGAGGGUCGCGGUCUCGCAGGCGACCAUGAGCGUCGUGCAGAACGCCACCAGGAAGAGCACCGGCGUCAGCCCAAGCUGGCCGAUGUUCUCUGCUUUCCUGUACUUCCUGGCUAUGGCCUUUACCAUCCCGGUGCUUCCGAAGGUCGUUAACGAGCUCAUCACGGGCUCCAACGCGGUGACCGCCGCAUCGGCAACGCUGUACGGCCUCCUUUCCUCCACGGACGCCUCCUUCACCCUCAUGACGGUCAAGUUCCACGCCUCCAUGAGCGACAAGUACGGACGCAGGCCCUUCUUGGCACUCAGCGCACUCGGACUUGGGUUGGGAUUCUACCUCACCUACCACAGCCGCAGGGUGUGGAUGCUUCUCCUCGCCUCUGCCAUCGACGGCUGCACCAGCUGCAUGUACAGCAUGGCCCAGGCGUGCAUCACGGACUGUGUGGGGACGGGGGCUGGGUUAGGGGAGGCGUUCGGGCUGUUCCAGGGGCUGUCGCUGGGCAUGGCGUUCAUGAUAGGGCUUCCGAUGGGAGGCGUUCUGGGCGCCAAGUACGGCGUCCGCUUCCCCCUCCUCGUGAGCGUGGGACUCUGCCUGGUGAACUUCGUGAUGAUCGCGUUUGUCAUGCCUGAGACGUUGCCCGACGAGAAGCGGGUGAAGAAGGUGGACCUGAAGCAGGCGAACCCGCUGGGGGCCGUGACCAUGGCCACCCGCAACCAGCUCAUCACGGGCGUCUUCGCGUGCUGGACACUGCUGUGGAUUGCCCACGUGGGCCUUCAGAUCAACUGGAUCAACUACACCGACCGGAAGUUCGGCUGGGGCGUGGCGCAGAGCGGGGCUAGCCUCGCGUUGAUGGGCCUCCUCGUGGCCGUCUUCCCGAAGCUCAUCAUCCCACGUCUGGGCCUCGAGCGGUCCAUCAGCACCGGACUGUUGAUAUACGCCGUGGGUCAGCUGGUGAUCGCUGCCGCCCCCGGGGUCUCCCACGGCAGCGGCAUGUACGGAACUCCCAUGGCCGUGCUGGGCCUCGUGCUUGCCUCGGCGGGGACUAUCGUGUUCCCCUCGAUGCUUGCAUACCUCUGCAACCAGGUCGGGGACGGGGAAGUCGGAGCGCUGCAGGGCACUACCGACACAGCUAAGACCGUCUGCAGCGUCCUGUUCGGGCCCGCGAUGGCGUGGAUCUUCGGUUACUUCAUCAGCGACAACGCCUACCCCCGAAAGAUCGAAGGAGCCAGCUACUACGUCGGGGCGGCGGUGGCUGCGCUGGCGUAUCUCACCGCGCGACGCACGUUCGCGGUGCACGGCGCUCUCGACAAGGUCCCCCCGCGUGCCAGAUCCAAGCGUUAAGUCGCCAGAUCCAAACGUUAGUUUGCCAGGAUCCAAGCGUUACGUUUUAGCCCGACGCCACUGCUGAAGGAGACAGAGGGGCUUUGGGUAUUUUCUUCCCAUCGGGGUAAUUUGUUCCUCUUCGGGUUAAUACGUCACCAUCGGGGUGAGGUGUUCCUCUUCGGGGUGAUACGUCCCCAUCGGGGUACUGCUGUGUCCCGUCUGCAUGCUUGUGUCUGAGUCCCCGAGGAUGCUGCUGGGUUCACGGAGUUGCAGGCGCAGAGUGCAUUCGUUUCCUGCCUCCGGUGCGUCCGCCGCCUACGUCGGAUCUUUGCGCGGAGUCGGGGGCACGACACGCGUCGGGUGUUGGUUGUGUGUAGAGGGGUCGAUUUGUUGCCGAGGGUCGGUUUCGUUUGUCUUCUCUCUCGCGCGCGCGUGUUCCAGUUUAAUAGCGCUCGAUUUUGACGUUUUUGUCGCACCCUAGGUCACAGCCGGUGGUAGCCGGUGACGGCAAAAACAAAUGUUUUAGGUCUUGCCUGGCUGAUUGGAAUGGCGAAAGUUAAUCUCGUUUCGCUCAGGCAUUUGUUGCUCGGAUCUUGGGCGUAUAAAAGGUACAGGCUUUGUCGCUGCACACGCAGGGUCGUAUCAAAGUUCCGCGGAGCAAGCCAGACGGCAAUAAGGGUAUGUCCGAGGGUGAACGACGAAAUUUUAUUGUACCCCCCCGCCUUGCCUAUCGCAACGCGCGGGGACUAGUUUAUAUCGAUUUUUUCAAUGAGAGAUCUCCGAAAAUCUCCGAAACCGUGGAGAAUGAAGGUCUCGCGGUUGCUAGUCUUUCUUGGAGUUGUUCAUAGGCACCUCCAGGGGGAUGUAUGUUCAGUUGCGAGACAUUUCAAGAAGAAGAGCCACGGUGAGGGACAGAGAUCGUUUGUUUGGCUCAGUCAGCAUGGUGAG